ACACGUGACACUGAGAGGCGCGGCUCCUUGAACUUCCUCAUCUAAAAGUUUUAUAAAUACUCUAACCUCCGUUUCUUCCCUUACAUUUAUAUUUUUACAACUUUAUAUCGUAUGGACGCAUUUUAUUCCCGGAGUAGAUAAGGUCUCCAGUCUUCUAUGGAUGAGGAGAGAGAGGAUGGGGGUCCUACCUCUAAGCCCACUCUGUCUGGGGAACAUGGCCGCCAGAGCAAAGCUACGAGAAGGAGGCAGGAGAGAGCAGACUCCCCUGGACCCUGCUGUGUCUCCAUGAAGAGUGACCACUAUAUGGGGGAGCUUCAAAGGAUCCGUUCUGAAUUUGUGAAGGGAGUUUCAGAACCAGUUAUAAAAGGUCUCCUGGAUGACCUUUGGCAGCAGAAGGUGUUCAGUUCUGAGGAAAAGGACUACGUGAUGGCCGAGAGGACCAAAGCAGACCAAGCACGUUGUCUGAUCGACAUGGUGAUCGGUAAAGGGGAGAGAGCAAGUCAGGCGAUGAUUGAUAGUAUGAAGAAGAGGGACGAACACUUAUGCUCCACCCUGGGUCUGAUCUCUUCUCCUCUUGGUGUGGGAUCUGCUGCGGUCCAGUGCCAACAUAAAAUAAAGUCUAAUUUGCAGAAGAAGUUCAGGUGUGUGUUUGAGGGAAUCGCUAAAGCAGGACAUUCAACACCUCUGAAUGAGUUCUACACAGAGAUCUUCAUCACAAAGAGAGGCAGUGGAGAGGUCAACCAGGAGCAUGAGGUCAGACUGAUUGAAACAGCUUCUAGUAAACCAGCCAUAGAGGAAACACCCAUCAGAUGUGAGGACAUCUUUAACCAGUUACCUGGACAAGAUAAACCAAUGAUAAAACCAAGGACAAUUAUGACAACUGGAGUGGCCGGCAUUGGUAAAACCGUCUUAACACAUAAGUUCACUCUGGAUUGGGCUGAAGACAAGGCCAAUCAGGACAUACACUUCACAUUUUACUUCACUUUCAGAGAGCUGAAUUUACUAGAAGAGAAAAAGUUUAGCUUGGUGGAACUUCUUCAUCACUUCUUUAAUGAGACCAAAGAAGCAGGAAUCUGUAAAUAUGACCUGUUCCAGGUUGUCUUCAUCUUUGAUGGUCUGGAUGAGUGCCGACUUCCUCUGGACUUCCGGAGAAACCCGAUCUGUACUGAUGUCACAGAGGUCACCUCGGUGGAUGUGCUGCUGACAAACCUCAUCAGGGGCAACCUGCUUACCUCUGCUUGCAUAUGGAUAACCACACGCCCUGCGGCAGCCAAUAGGAUCCCUGCUGAGUGUGUUGACGUGGUGACAGAGGUGAGAGGGUUCACCGACCCACAGAAAGAGGAGUACUUCAGGAAGAGAUUCACAGAGGAGACACUGGCCAAAACAAUCAUCGCCCACAUAAAGAAAUCACGAAGCCUCCACAUCAUGUGUCACAUCCCAGUCUUCUGUUGGAUCACUGCUAUAGUUCUGGACAACUUCUUCAAAACAUCCCAGCUAGGAGAAGAGAUGCCCAAGACCAUUACUCAGAUGUACAGCCACUUCCUGAGGGUUCAGUCCAUGCAGGGGGACAGGAAGUAUCAUGGGAGAGCUGAAACAGAUCAACACUGGAGUCCAGAGAGCAGGGAGAUCAUUGUUUCUCUGGGAAAACUGGCUUUUAACCAGCUGGAGAAAGGCCACCUGAUCUUCUACGAGGCAGACCUGGCAGAGUGUGACAUCGAUAUCGGAGCAGCCGCAGUGUACUCAGGAGUGUUCACCCAGAUCUUUAAAGAGGAGGGUGGGCUGUACCAGGACAAUGUGUUCUGCUUUGUCCACCUGAGCAUCCAGGAGUUUCUGGCUGCCCUUUAUGUCUUUAUGUCAUUCAUCGACACUGGGGUCAAUCUGCUCUCAGGACAACCACAAUUCCUGUGGUCUAUUUUUUCUAGAAACAAAGGAAAUGUCAAACUCUAUCAGAGUGCUGUGGACAAGGCCUUACAGAGGGAGGACGGACGCCUGGACUUGUUCCUCCGCUUCCUCCUGGGCCUCUCUCUGGAGACCAAUCAGAUUGUCCUAAAAUGUCUGCUGGGAAAGACAGUAAGUAGCUCAGAGACCAGUAAGAAAAUGGGCUCUUACAUUAAGAAGAAGAUAGGUGGAGAUCUCUCUACAGAGAAAAGCAUCAAUCUGUUCCACUGUCUGAAUGAGCUAAACGACCGUUCUCUAGUGGCGGAGAUUCAACAGUACCUGACAUCAGGAAGACUCUCCAAAGAAUCUCUCUCUCCUGCUCAGUGGUCAACUCUGGUCUUCAUCCUACUGACAUCAGAAGAGGAGCUGGACGUGUUUGACCUGAAAAAAUACUCUGCUUCAGAGGAGGGACUUCAGAGGCUGCUGCCAGUGUUCAAAGCCUCCAAAACAUCUCUUUUGAAAGGCUGUCAGCUGUCAGAGAGAUGCUGUGAAGCUCUGGCCUCAGUUCUCAGCUCCAACUCCUCUAGUCUGAGAGAGCUGGACCUGAGUACCAAUGAUCUGCAGGAUUCAGGAGUGAAGCUGCUCUCUGCUGGACUGGGGAGUCCACACUGCACACUGGAAACUCUCAGCCUCAAUGGCUGUGGUCUGUCAGAGAGAUGCUGUGAAGCUCUGGCCUCAGUUCUCAGCUCCAACUCCUCUAGUCUGAGAGAGCUGGACCUGAGUACCAAUGAUCUGCAGGAUUCAGGAGUGAAGCUGCUCUCUGCUGGACUGGGGAGUCCACACUGUACACUGGAAACUCUCAGGUUGUCUGGCUGCCUGGUCACACAGGAAGGCUGUGCUUCUCUGGCCUCAGCUCUGAGCUCCAACCCCUCUCAUCUGAGAGAGCUGGACCUGAGCUACAAUCACCCAGGAGAAUCUGGAGCUGCGCUGCUCUCUGCUGGACUGGAGGAUCCACGCUGGAGACUGGACACUCUCAGUGUGGAGCACGGUGGAGUGUGGAGGCUGAAACCAGCUCUAAAGAAGUAUGCCUGUGACCUCACACUGGACCCCAACACGGCCCACAGACGACUCUCUCUGUCUGAGGACAACAGGAAGGUGACGUGGGUUGGAGAGGUCCAGUCUUAUCCGGAUCACCCAGACAGAUUUGACUCCCUGCCCCAGGUGUUGGGUAGAGAGGCUCUGACUGGCCGCUGUUACUGGGAUGUACAGUGGGAAGGAGAUGUUGUUAUAGGAGUGACAUACAGAGGAAUCACAAGGAGAGGAAUUGGUGCUGACAGCCUGCUUGGAUGGAACAACAAGUCCUGGAGUCUUUAUAGUUAUGAUGAUGGUUACUCUGCCUGGUACAACGGUAGAGAGACAGCCCUCCGUCUCCGCCCCGCUGGCUCCACCAGAGUAGGAGUGUAUCUGGACCGGCCUGCUGGCUCUCUGUCCUUCUACAGAGUGUCCCCAGGUGGAGGAGGGUCCUCAGACACACUGACACACCUCCACACCUUCUGGUCCUCCUUCACCCAGGAGGACCUCCUCCUGGGGGUGGAGGUAGGGCGGGGGAGGUCAGCGACUCUAUUUCGGUUGUAGAAAAAAAAAACGGCCGCGCGGGCCUCAGACUCAGUGUGUGUGCCGGUGCGUGUGCCGCCCCGGCACACGCACCGGCACACACACAAACACACGCAUACACAUACACACACACACACACACA